AUAUGGAAAAAACUCAAAAAAAGAAACGAGUUAUGUGGAGUGAGGCUGCCGAGGCCGACUUAAUCGAGGUGUGGCAACAAAAAAUGCCAGAGCUGCGAUCAACGCGGAAAAAUAACCACAUAUACGAGGAAAUGUCCUGUACGAUGCUUUUGGCUGGACACGAAUAUACGUCCACUGAAAUUAAAAUUAAAUUGCACAAUUUUACCAACAAAUACAGACAAGAAAAGCAGAAAAUUGGCCCAUCGGGUGGCUCCCCUAGUCGGUGGAAAUAUUAUGAGGCGGUCCACCAAGCAGUAGGUGGUUUCAAAAGUUUUUGUUCCGACGAACUUGUAGAGGAUAGCAUUGUGGGUAAGUUUUAAGCGCAUUGGAGUAGAUUCCAAUAUUCAUAAUAAAAUGAAAAACG